GCGCAACCGUCUACCGUCUGCGGCAGCAUAAACUGUAGCAGAUACCAAGAGCAGAGUUGAGCCAGCGAGCGAGCAGCAGCAGACACCACACAACCGCAGUGGAGGACGAUGCACAGACGAUCUGUCAACGGGAAGGCUGGCAGCAAGCAGCCGCGGUUGGAGGUGCACAUCAAGUAUGAAAACCCUCUGCCUGAGAUUCCUUUCCCACCAAAAUUCCUCCCUCAUCCCAUGGACAUUGAAGAGUUUGCAGAGUACGAUGCAGUGAACGACCUGACGAACCAGUGCCGACAAAGGUUUCUCAUUGGCCGCGAUGUGGGUGCCCCCGUCAACCUGCUGAAAGAGGAAGACUACCUCGUGCCUGACGUGCCCGCGGAUUUGGACCCGGAUGAUGCCAGCUUGCUCGAGGACGACGACCUCGACGCCAAAGCAAAGGGUGUGGGCAUGGGGGCGACAGCGUUCCUCCGCAAGCCAGAAUACCUCAGCGCAGACACGCGCGCCCUGGACAUGUAUGCGUUUGUUGAGUAUGAGGAGGACGGGCAGAAGAAGCUCGAGUUUGUUCCCCUCCACGAACGCGUCCAGCUCUCAAAGCGCCCGCGCAAGCGCAAGCCGAGCGUGGCCAACGAGCUGACUGUUGUGCACCGCGGCUUUGAGCCCGAGGAGUUUGAGCGCCACAGGGACCGCAUCCACCAGAUUGGCUUUACAUAUGGCGACGAGGAUGCGGAUGCCCACGCAACGCGCACAGCGGAGGAACAACAGGAACACGAUGCAGGGCAGGACGAGCAGCAGCACCAGGAGGAGGGGGAGGAGGGGCAAUUGGGCGCGGGUGAGGCUGGCAGUGAUGCAACAGCAACGGCAACGGCUGAGGCUGAGGCUGAUGAGGCAGUGGUGGCGAUGGACGAGCGGGAGGAUGCUGCUGAUGCGACAGCGACACCACAAGAGAAGCAUGAUGACGAAGAGGAGGCAGCAAGCACAGCAGCAAACGAUGAUGCAGCGUGA